UGACAAUUUGUCGUGAGAAAACGUUGAUGAAUACAAGGAUCGUAAAGUUCGCAUAAUUCGCUACAAAAAAAGGUGUUUUAUUUUACCAAUCUUACAGAUUUGUCGUGAAGAUAUAUAAAACACAGACAAAUCUUUCAACAGAGAUAUUUUCUUAGUUAAACUAAGCCAGGCAGCUGCAACGCACUCAGUUGGGGCGAACACGAGACAUAUACUUGCAAAAGGAUUUUGGAAUUAGGCUUCGUGCCGUAGUUUCACCUUUGGUACUUUUACAGCAAUUACGCACCGACAGCAACAAGUAACAUAAUCGAGAGUCCAUCAAUGGAGGUGUACCUCAAUGAAACCGAGUCGCGUUAUUUUGGCGACUUGUUUUUAUGUUGUGACGUGGAAAAAGCUGGUAAAAUACCCAUGAUGAAGGCGAUGGAAUUAUACCAUUCAGCAAAUAUUCAAAGUGACAUAGUAAUGGAGAUUAUUGCUCUUGCCGGCAUACCUACUACUUCACUGCACAUUUCACGUGGACAGUUUUAUUCAUGUUUAAAGCUCAUUGCUGCUUACCAGGCUGGAAUGCAACUUCGGCAAGAGGUCAUUACUUCAUCUGUAUCAUUGCCUUUGCCUCGAUUCAGCUGGAGAGAUUCGCCAAGCGGCAUGGGUCCAAACACAGCAGCAAGUAUUUCCACAGCUUACCCUUCCGUAAAUGGAUCAAAAGCAAUGCCGCCUCCACCAGUAGCUGAACGAAAAACUUCUUUACCUCACGGAUUAAAUGAUUGGAAGAUGGGCACCUCUGGAAGCAGCUCCCGACAGAAUUCUGGAAGCUUUCAACAUUUCCAAAAACAACCUGAUUCUGAAAUAAAUUCAGACAUUCCAACUACGGAUUCAGAAGUUGAUCAAAAUGAGUCAAGCUGUGGUGAUGGUGCAGGUCAUGUUGUUGACAGUGGCAGUAGCGGGCGUGAAACACACCGUCACCGUGGUUCACCAGAAGCAUGGAGUACCAACAGCGAUAGUCCCACCCCAACAAACAGUGUUGCAGAACGCCAGUGGGCCAAAGAAACAUUAUGGCAGGGCUUGUUAGGAGAUGAGCAUCGGCAGCUUCUGGGCACAGAAGAAGAAUCAUCUGAUCGUCAUAGUAGUGAGGAUGAAAACGACGCUGACUUGAAUAGCGUAUACCAAAUUACGCCUGAACAACGUGAUUAUUACUAUAAACAAUUCAAAGCUGUACAACACGAUAAUAACGGAUUGCUCUCUGGUCAAAUUGCUAGAAUAUUUUUCGAGAAAUCUAGAAUUCCGGUAGAAGAGUUACGCCACAUUUGGCAACUGUGCGACGUAACUCGUGAUGGAGCAUUGAGCUUAGCUGAAUUUACUGCUGCAAUGCAUUUGGUUGUGUUGAGACGAAAUAAUAUACCUUUACCAGCAGUGCUACCAUCCUGCUUGCAUCCGAAUAUCUUGCUGCAUAGUUCACAGAACGCGACUGCAAACUUACUCCUUCAAGAGCCCCCGGAAGCGGAUUUGUUGCAUUUAAAUGAUGAUGAUGAAGAAGAAAAAACUGAUAACACGGUCAUUGUUACAAAUACUACAACUCAGACUCGCGUCAAUGACAAAAACGCUAUGAAUAUAAGCACUCUGUCGUCAUCGUCACAGACGAGUGCAGGUUCCAGACAGGGGAAUCAUGGCUCAUUAACAUCUUCUUCCUUGCCAACUCUAACAAAGCAUCGUAGUAUAUCGAAUUCACCAGUAGCUGAACCCAAUGAUACAACUCCUAAUUUGGCAGUUGCUACUACUACUUUAUCUAAAGUAAAAGAUAUAAAUUUAUGGGGCCCUGUGGACUUACCACCUACACAGUGGACUAAGUUCACGGAAUCCCCUACAUCUAAUGUCUCUAGUCCCGGUCCGAAACCAGUAAAUUUUGAUAUGCAACGAACAGCACAAGCGGUGGUAUCAGACCCUCAAAUCUUACAUCCUGUGGCGUUACGUGUUACCCCCGUUGGUUCAGGCCUUGCGAGUUCAGUAAUUGCUGCAGAAACUGUCAACCAAGAUACAAGCGAUUUAUCUAAUCAACAACAACAAGAUGGAAGCUCCAAGCAAGUUUCACAAAGCUCUUCUAAUAUAAUGACCGCAGGUUCCAAUAAUAAUAUCAGCACCGCAAAUGUGAUAAUGCAUAAUCGAGAGCUCCUUCAGAAUAACGAUUUAAGAGCAAUACAACGUCCACAAGCAAAAAAGUUACCAGCAAAAAAUAUUGGAGCUUUGCCGCCACCACCACAAAGGGAAUCCAGCGUAGGUAAUACAGGAAGUGCUUCAGGAAUCUCAAAUACUUCUUACUCAAGUGCAAUGAAUCCCACUGUUAGUGGAGACAGCAAUGAAGUGAGUAAUAGCAGUCAACACCAGCAGACAUUACAAAAUAAAAAUGAUCCACCGCCGUUGCCACCUCCAAGGCCACACCGACAUGGUCGGAGUAGCAGUUUGGAUUUAAAUAAAUUUAAAGCAUGCGGACCUGUUAACCAACAACCCGAGAUGACAGCACAAGCAAGUUUCGACUUCCAGACUUCUACUGGUUUUGCUGAUUUUACUCAUUUUGCGGUCGUUGAUGCGAAAAACAUAUCUUCGGAACAACAGUAUUCCUUACCGCCAGGAAAAUCGACGGCUAGGGCACCAACGGCUACAGCAAUGGCUGUUAUGCCACCAACACGAUACUCCUUACAACAAACAAAUCAGCGUGUUUCGGCAUUUGAGGUGUAUCGAAAGCCAAACACGCCACACAAUUCGUUAUCACCCACAGCAAAAGAUUCUGAAUUGCAAAAGCAACCUCGUUGUCAGACACAGCGCAAUUAUGCAACUCAACCCAUACAACCGCCACCAUCCAUGCCUACGCCAUUUGGAGCUCUCGGGGCUAGCGCAAUAGCACUUCCUCCACAAUUGGUUGCAUUACCUAAUGCUGAUCUAUUCGAAAAACGGGUAAAUGACAUUAGCGAGACGUUAAGACAUGUAACAUUUAAGCAGAAUAACAGUAUGGGUGAUAUACUGCAACAUCUGCGUGAGCAAAAUAACCUUUUGUUACGUUUGUGUAAUGAUCUAAGUGAUGAAUUGCUGUCAGUACAGACACGAAAACAAGAAUUGCGAAUGAAAGUUGAAGCACUACCAUUAACUGAGACAUCCGUUAUAAGCAACAUACAACAGCAAUCGCAGCUAGGAACACGAGCUAGCUCGACCAUUUCAGCCCCAGUUACAGCAAAUAUUACCGGCGGUUCGGGAAGCUCUGCAGUGCAUGCAAAUGUAUAAGCCCAAUAUACAGCAUAUAAAAAAGAUAGAUUUGUUAUCAUCGCAUACAUACGUAUGGCGUAUACGAAGUAUUGCACGCCAACGACUGUAUUCUUUACUAUUGAGAAAAAGUACCAGAAGGUUUUAAAAACACGUAUUCUCAUGUUAUUGUAAGUUGCAAAUAACAUUCGCAGAGCCAAUGUUAAUAAAUUGGUUGAUGGGUCUGUACCAGUAUUCUCUUAGAAUAAACAAAUUUAGCUGUUUAA